CACAGCGGUUUGAAUCGGUCACCGUGCCGUGUGGCUCGCGGUGUCUGAGCUGUUUACUGUUCUGGGCAGUAUGUCGGGACCUUCAGAGCUGCGACAUGAAGAAGGUCGCUGUUAAAGUGUUUAACCCACCGCUUUGUCCGCUGAAGGUUGCGCUUCUGUAGCCGCAGGGAGAGAGAUGUCCUCCUGGUGGACGGAGCGCCAGGGCCUGGUGGGUGAUGUAGGCGGGAGGAGCAGAGAGGAGCUGCGGGAGAUCCUGACCAGGCAGGAGAAGUUACUGCACAACAAGAGGUUCAUUCAAAGCCUGCCUGAUAAGGGGAAGAAGAUUUCUGACUUUGUGGAGAAAAUACGCCAGGCACUUGUAGACUUGGAAGAAGAGGAGAAGAGGCGAGCCAGUUUGUCUGCUAUUGGAACCGAAUUUCAGGCCAGAUACCAGCAGGCUUUUGCCCAGCGCAGGCAUGUGGACUCCAACACUUUGGAGAGAGAAACUCUUAAUAAGGAUGGAGACUCACCAUUGGCUACUAACAGCAGUGUGGAUGCUCAACAGGACGCUGAGUCCCUCACAGAUAAAAGCACUGAGACGAUGGAGGCCUCCUCUGGAGACAGCGCAAAAGACACUGACCUUGUGGGGGCGCUUGAGCGGGUGACUCUUUCAGAGGGAAAGGCUGGGCCAGUCAAAGACAUUGUUAAAAACUCUCCUCCUAGAAACCCCUUCACGGCCACACAGUCUCAGAAGAAACCACAUUACAUAGAAGUUCUGGAGAGAUCAGACAGCAGUGUGAGAACAAACAGAUUUAAGCCCAAUCAACUGCCAGAGAAGUCUGGCUCUUCCUCGCCUAGUCAGUCCUCUGGCAGUACAACCCCACUCUCUGCUGAGGCUCGGAGACAGAGGGACAGGAAGCACCUGGAUGACAUCACUGCCGCCAAACUUCCCCCACUGCACCACAGCCCAGCCCAGCUUCUCUCCCUGGAGGAGUCAGUCGCCCUCCAGCGAGAGCAGACGAGAAAACAGCAGGAGUUGCAGGCGAGGCUGGCUGCCCAGAAGCUGGCAGAGGGUCUGACUGUCACUAUGAGCAGCUAUAAUCCUGAGGGUGGUGCUCUGGCUGCCUACAGAGAAGUACGUGAUGAUGGAGCCCUCUCAGAUGACGACUGAUUCAUGGUCUUGACACUUUCUGGCAUGAAUAGCAGUGGUUCCAGACUGGUGUUCUGCUCUGGGCACCUCUCUCUGCCUGUAAAGGUGACUUUCAGCUCUGGAGCUAACUGGAGAGGAGCUCAUUUGGACCUGAAUGCAUAGCAUGUACUACUUUUAAUAGAGUCUUCUGCUCAGGUGUCUUUUUAAAUUGAAUUACAGUGAGGUUCAUUCUGUCCACUUAAGAACGCGUCAGUGGUUUUGAUGCUGAUAGACCUACAGUCUGACAGCAUCUGGAAUAUCUUGGUGACUGCUGAUGAUCAGUGAAAUCCAGUUUAGCUGUAAUAUUGAGUGCUCUUAAAGGAAUACCUCAGCAUUUUUCAAUGUAAUGUCUAUCUGCUUAUGCAGUCAGUCACUACCGUCAAUAAUAUUAAUGCAUUUAUUUAUUGUACUUAAAAAAGCAGGGAAAAUCUGUUGAUUCAAAACACAUAUAAUAGAAGCCAGUGGGCAGUUGCUACAGCACUUGCCCAUUAUGUGCUAUAAGUGUGCUUUGAAAAAUGCUGCAGUGUUCCUUUAAUACUUUGCAUAUUCCUUUAAAUACUUAACGUAAAGUACUAGAACAGGUGAGUGUGUUUACGUGCACUUAAUAAUCCGAUCAUAAUCAAAUUUCUGCAGUUAUCUGAUUAUUCAAAUGGUCGUGUAAACAGCACAUUUUAGAUUGGAGU